UGCUAUGCGUUUUCUCACUAAGAAACUCCAUGAAAUGAACUUCAAAGCUCUGUUUUUUUCUAUCUAAAACGUCCCAUUGAUCCAACCUUUUUGUUUCCUUCUGUUUUUGGUUUUUUUCUCAGAUUACCAAAUCGAAAAAAGGAAAUUUUUGGGUAUCUUUUAGUGAAAAAUCCGAGUAGUUAUGGAGAAAAAGCAAGGAUUUUUCUCAGCUCUCAAAAAAGAAGUGAUUCGCGGUCUCUCCCCUUCCCGCUCUCGGUCCGUCAGCCCGGCGAAACCUAGUUCGCCCAUGUCCGGUCUGUUACCGAGGAAGAAAACCAACGUGGCGCAACCGGAGCCAUUGAUCGCGAGAUCCGGGAGUCUAAGGAUCGUGGGAGAAGCGUUGGCUCCGCUCAUGGAAGGCCCCGAUCCCGACGGAGGUGAAGUCGGAGACUCGAAGCGGGUCGGGUCGGGGCUAGGACAAUGGGUAAAGGGACAGUUAUCGAGGACACCUUCCGUUGCUUCAAUGAGUUAUCAGCGGUCCGAUCUAAGGCUGUUGCUUGGGGUCAUGGGAGCUCCUUUGGCUCCGAUUCACGUUAGCUUCACUGACCCUUUGCCUCAUUUGAGCAUCAAAGACACCCCCAUUGAAACUUCCUCUGCUCAGUACAUAUUGCAGCAGUAUACAGCUGCUUCCGGUGGGCAGAAGUUGCAAAACUCGAUUCGGAACGCUUAUGCAAUGGGAAAGCUUAAAAUGGUAGCUUGUGAAUACGAGACCGCUGCGAGGACGGUUAAGAAUCGUAAUUACUCAAGAGGCGUGGAGUCCGGUGGAUUCGUACUCUGGCAAAUGAAUCCAGACAUGUGGUAUGUCGAACUCGCGGUAGGGGGAAGUAAGGUUCGUGCUGGUUGUAAUGGGAAGCUUGUGUGGAGGCACACGCCUUGGCUCGGAAGUCACACUGCAAAGGGGCCGGUCCGACCUCUGCGUCGUGCUCUUCAGGGUCUUGAUCCGAGAACUACAGCUAGUAUGUUUGCUGAUGCAAGAUGCAUAGGAGAGAAAAAGAUUGAUGGUGAGGAUUGUUUCAUCCUCAAGCUUUGUACCGAUCCGCAGACGCUGAAGGCAAGGAGCGAAGGCCCUGCUGAGAUCAUUAGGCAUGUUUUAUUUGGCUACUUUAGUCAGAAAACCGGACUUCUAGUUCAUAUUGAAGAUUCACAUCUGACUCGCAUCCAAUCUAACGGCGGUGAUUCUGUUUAUUGGGAAACCACAAUCAAUUCAUAUCUCGAUGAUUACCGGCCCGUCGAAGGUAUCAUGAUAGCGCAUUCCGGGCGUUCUGUGGUUACACUUUUCAGGUUCGGGGAAGUUGCAAUGAGCCAUACGAAAACAAAGAUGGAAGAAGCAUGGAUAAUCGAAGAGGUUGCCUUCAACGUACCAGGUCUUUCAAUCGAUUGUUUCAUCCCUCCAGGUGAUUUGAGGUCUGGAUCCAUUAGCGAAACCUGUGAACUCCCUCGGGAUGAAAAGGGAAAGAAAGCGAUCGCAAUAGUAGCAGCACAACAUGCCAAACUUGCCGUCCUAGAAAGACCACAAGAAACCGAUGCCGGUAGCAGGAUUUGGAAGAUGGAAGCCUAAUGAAAGUCUGGAAAUCACAUAUGGCAAAUUGUUCAUAUUGGUAACAAAUGCAGUUGUUGGUAACAAAUGCAGUUGACUAACUUCAAAUAGGUUUUUUGCUUCCAUUAAUCUGUAAACAGAGAGCACAAUCAUUCACAGGUCCCAAACAAAAAACCUGUAUGAACGUUUAUGCUCUCGAUGCAGGAUUCGGCCAUCGAUUACGGAGUCAGAGCUCGGAUAUCCGGUUCGUGGUUAGAGCUAAUGGAGCUUAAAUUUUUAGGUUACCUUCCUUUAUAUAUGGCGGCAGUAUAAAAGAUACUGCUACUGAAUCAGCAUGAGUUUGACACAUUUGACAGUCAUUUUCAAGUUUU